GGCUUCCAUUCGCGGCUAAAUAAAUAUAAAUAUAAUGUAGUUCUUCUAUAGAAAUAUGGGCUCCAAGCGUAGGCUUAGAUUCCUUUUGGAUGAAUCCGAUCAGCAGGAGAACAGCCCGGAUGGCAAUGGUCCAAAGAAAAAGCGGCUGUUUACACCAACGGACUUUAAUAUUCCAAAAGCGAAUCAAAGGAGUUUUUUGGCGGAAUCCACAUCAAAUCAUCAAAAGAACACUCCUUCCAGGUUUCAGACAAUGUGGCAGACGCUAAACAAGUCCGGCAGCAGCAGCAGUCAACCCGAUUCUCUAGGAAACUCCAGUUUCUCAUCAUGUUCCCAGCUUCUGAACACCAGUUGGCCAGGAACGAGACGAAGAGCAAAAGCAUUGCCCCUUGCUAUCCAGAUUUCCCCAAGAACUCCUCCCUCAGUUUCAUAUGAAGGACGUGAGACAAGCUCUUUAUUCCAAAGUUCUUGGAAAUCAUUAAUUAACCAAACCGCUUCCUGCAACGGGUCGUCAGAGAACAUUGACUCUGAUCCACCUACUCCUCAACGAUUGCCAACGUCUUCAUUCCAAACUUCUUGGAAAUCGUUAAGUCAAAGCUCGCUGAAUAAAUCUAACUGCUCUGGAUUGACCGAGGAUAGCUAUACCGAAUCUUCUCCAGCUAUUCAACUUGUUCCUAGUGAAAGUCCUAGGCAGUAUCUGCCAAGUAGCCAAAAUAGAGUCAAUUUGAAGGCAAACCCUCGCUGUGUUAAAGGAGGCUAUGCUGAGGAGUUCCGUAAAGUCCUCAAAAAAGUAAGAAUGGAUCAGCGUCAACUUAAAAACCAUGCAGCCACUCACACGGCUAAAAUUUUGUCUGUUACAAACCAGUAUGGUGUUACCAUUGCCCUAGUGGCUUCCGAUAAUGGACGUAGUUUCAAUAUUCUUCCUCCAAAAGGAGAAACCACACAACUUACAGUUGGAUCUAUAGUACAAUUUUUUCUGGAUCCAAGGAUAAAGCCCUUAGAGCUAAACAAGAAACAACUGGUCUAUUGUCGCCCAUACAAUGUUGUAAUAAAAGGAUAAGGACAUAUUGUAUAUUUAAAAUAUAUAAAUAGUAUUUGUAAGGACGGAAUUGUAAGUCAUUAAAGCCAUAUUAGUAUGUAGCAUAUACAUAUAAGAUUUGUCAAAAAUUACGCUU